CAAGGUGCUCGCCUCGCUGCCGACCUGGCUUCCAGACUGGCUCGGCGGGACUUCGAGUCCUCGCCUGCGUCCUGCCCCCCAAACUGACAGGUGCUCCCUACGAGUCGCCACGACUCAUCGCCGCUCCCCCGCGUCCCCACCCCCUCUUUCCUCCCUCGCCUCCCCCCACCCCCGGCACUUCGGCACAGCUCAGGAUUUGUUUAAACCUUGGGAAACUGGUUCAGGUCCAGGUUUUGCUUUGAUCCUUUUCAAAAACUGGAGACACAGAAGAGGGCUCUAGGAAAAAGUUUUGGAUGGGAUUAUGUGGAAACUACCCUGCGAUUCUCCGCUGCCAGAGCCGGCCAGGCGCUUCCACCGCAGCGCAGCCUUCCCCAGGCUGGGCUGAGCCUCGGAGUCGCCUCUUCCCCAGUGCCCGCCGCGAGUGAGCCCUCGCCCCAGUCAGCCAAAUGCUCCUCCUCGGCCUCCUCCUGCUGACAUCUGCCCUGGCCGGCCAGAGAACCGGGACUCGGGCUGAGUCCAACCUGAGCAGCAAGUUGCAGCUCUCCAGCGACAAGGAGCAGAACGGAGUGCAAGAUCCCCAGCAUGAGAGAGUUGUCACUGUCUCUGCUAAUGGGACCAUCCACAGCCCGAAGUUUCCACAUACUUACCCAAGAAAUACGGUGCUGGUGUGGAGAUUAGUUGCAGCUGAUGAAAACAUGCGGAUCCAGCUGACGUUUGAUGAGAGAUUUGGGCUGGAAGACCCUGAAGAGGAUAUUUGCAAGUAUGAUUUUGUAGAAGUUGAGGAGCCCAGUGAUGGAAGUAUUUUAGGAUGCUGGUGUGGUUCUGGGACUGUGCCAGGAAAGCAGACUUCUAAAGGAAAUCAAAUCAGGAUAAGAUUCGUAUCUGAUGAGUAUUUUCCAUCUGAACCUGGAUUCUGCAUCCACUACAGUAUUGUCAUGCCACAAGUCACCGAAACCACGAGUCCGUCAGUGUUGCCCCCUUCGGCGUUGUCACUGGACCUGCUUAAUAAUGCUGUGACCGCCUUCAGUACCUUGGAAGAGCUGAUUCGGUAUCUAGAGCCCGACCGAUGGCAGAUGGACUUGGACAGCCUGUACAAACCAGCAUGGCAGAUUGUGGGCAAAGCAUUUCUUUAUGGGAAAAAAAGCAAAGUGGUGAAUCUGAACCUUCUCAAAGAGGAGGUACGACUCUACAGCUGCACGCCUCGGAACUUCUCAGUGUCCAUACGGGAAGAGCUAAAGAGGACAGAUACCAUUUUCUGGCCAGGUUGUCUCCUGGUUAAGCGCUGUGGAGGAAAUUGUGCCUGUUGCCUCCAUAAUUGCAAUGAAUGUCAGUGUGUCCCACGUAAAGUUACGAAAAAGUACCAUGAGGUCCUUCAGUUGAGACCGAAACUUGGAGUCAAAGGGUUGCAUAAGUCACUCACUGAUGUGGCCCUGGAACACCAUGAGGAAUGUGACUGUGUGUGUAAAGGAAACACAGGAGGGUAACUGUAUCCCCCACAGCAGCCCACAUCCCCACUGGCAUCCUGAACCCCCCACUAGACUCCCACAUCCCCACCAGCAUCUGCCACAGGACUGUCAGAUGCUGCCAUUGGCUGUGGUAAAGAUCUUACUCACUGUCUCCAUCCAAAAAUCUCAGUUGUUUGCUUCAACAGUCUUCCACUUGCAGGAUUUAAAAGUGUUCUGAAAGAAGAGGCACCGGGAGGAGUCAGGAGUUCCACAGCAGUGCUUUUUAGAGGAAGGUCAAAGGAUGGAAGAGGUCUUCAACCACAGAAACAAAUCAAGUGUUUGUGGAUCCCUAGCAAGCUCCAGAUUGACAGCAUUUCUUUUCCACUGACAGCAUUGCUAUAAUUUAGUUGUCGUGAUAUGGGCAAGUGAUAUGAACACCAGAAAAUGGUGAAAACUCACAGCUGAUUGCGAUCAAUGCAGAAAAACUUGGAUUUCCUCUUCAUGUUUGCAUAUACAAAUCCGAAUGGUCUAUGUUCUACAAACUCAGCUUUUAGAUAGCAGCUAUGUUGCUAUUAAUUAAAUGUGCUGAUAAGAAAGCCUGGAUUUUUCAUGCUUGGUAACUUCUUUGCCAUUUGGAAGAAGAGAAGUACAGUCCUGGUUUGCAGGAGGCACACCUGCACAGAGGAAUGGCCUUCCCUUCCCUUCCCUUCCCUUCCCUUCCCUUCCCUUCCCUUCCCUUCCCUUCCCUUCCCUUCCCUUCCCUUCUUUCCUUCCCUCUGAGGUGGUUUAUGUGUUUCACUGUGUACAUUUUUAUAUUCUCCUUUUGACAUUAUAACUGUUGGCUUUUCUAAUCUUGUUAAAUAUUUCUAUUUUUACCAAAGGUAUUUAAUAUUCUUUUUUAUGACAACCUAGAUCAAUUAUUUUUAGCUUGAUAAAAUUUUUCUAAACAGAAUUGCUAUAGCCAGAGGAACAAAGAUGGUAUAAAAUCUUACUUCUCUGACAGAAACACAUGUAUUUCUUUCUUGUAUGGUGCUAGAGUUUAGAGUCAUCUGUAUUUGAAAAGAUGGAAUGGGGAAGUCAAUAGAAUUGAUAGGUCGCAGGAACAUUUUGAUAACAACUGAAUUAUUAUCAUUUCCCACUUUUAUUCUUAGCGAUACAAAUAAAACAGAAGAUGUGUAUACACUCACAUGGAGUCAUUGCUAAUCUCACACUUUCUGUGGGAAAUAGGAGCAGAGCUCAGAGAAACACAGAGGCAUCUUCCUGAAACAGAGCGACCACUUCCCGACAGCGCUCUGUGGUGUGCUGCACUGUAUGGACACAUCCUAUUUAUUGUGAGGCUAGGGUUUUAUUACCUUUAAACUCUGCUCCAUACACUUGUAUAAAUACAUGGAUAUUUUUAUGUACAGAAGUAUAUCAUUUAAGGAGUUCACUUACUCUACUCUUUGGCAAUUGAAAGGAAAAUCAGCAUAAUACAGUGCUUGUAAAUGCUAAAUACUGUGCCUAGGUUAUGUGGUGACUAUUUGGAUUAAAAUGUAUUGAAUCAUCAAAUAAAAGAAUCUGGCUAUUUUGGGGA